GACAUUGACAGUUUAAAAAAGUAUGGACGCAAAGCAUGACAGCAUCGGAAUAAAAAUAAUUGAAAGUUGAAACUUGAAAAUAAACGGUUAUGAUCUUGUUUAAUGUAUACUUUUGACAGGAAUUUCGAAUUUGAACAAAAUAUGAAUUUUUCGAGCUUUUCAUCGAGUCCUCCAGCAAUUAGCAACGUGCAAUCAGUUAGGCGCGUUAAAACAUUUGUAUUACCAGACAAAUGUUUAGAAAAGCGUGUAGGCUGCGCUUGGAGACGUGGCAAUCAAUUUGCUAUAUAUCCUCGAAGCCAAAAUGUGAACAAAACUACAUUAGAAACAGCGACCAAAACUGACGACAAAAUUUUGAACGUUCGUCAAGAUGUAGUUCUUUUUACGCCAAUUUUACGUAAGUUAGUCAACGAAGCCAACGGAACAUUCUUAUCUGUACAAAAACUGGUCGAAAUAUCAAAAAGUUCAGACAAUCAGGUUGAGUUUCUGAAACUUUCCCGCCAAUAUCGUUCCAUCAUAAGAGUGUGCAUAGAAAGUCUCCAAGAAGCAGCAGAAAAGGAAACAGAUGGCCUACAUAAAAACACAUUGGUUUCAUACAUAACAAUUUUUUAUUCCAUUGAAUGUAUAUGGCAUCUAUGUGAAAUAUUAUACAUAGAUAUCAUUCCUGGAGAAGUAGUAUUACCGUUUUUAUUGGAAUGGGUACGAUUCCAUUUCCCUUGUCACGAGCAGACAGCUGCACAAUUGCUUGAAGCAUGUGAACGAGGUUCGGAAGACCACCCUGAGUACUGGGAUACAGUAGUUGGUAUGGUUGUGCAGGGUAGAGUGGAUGUAGCCAGAGCAUUACUUAAACUACAUUCUGCAGCUGAUUCUAAUGAGUUUAAGCUCGUGGACAAUUCAUUGCGAAGUAUGCCAGUUUACAGUGUAUAUGGUGGAAUGUCAACAGGCGAGUUCACAAUAACAUGGAAACACUGGCAAGCAGAAUGCCGGUCGAAGCUGAGCAGCAGGGUACUUGCACAACAGCCACAGCUUGAGCUCAUCAUGAGACUAAUGGUCGGCGAAUACUCGGCGUUCGAGUCGAUCCGACCGAAGUACAGCUCGUGGUUCGACGUGCUGGGGGGCUGGGUGCUGUUCACGGCGCCGUGGGUGCGGCGGCGCGAGCUGGGCGCGGCGGGCGCGGCGUGCGCCGGGCUGGCGCCGGCCGCGCGCUCGCACCUCGACGUCAUGGUGCGCGCGCUGCUGGAGGGGGACCUGCAUCAGGUGAUCCAUGAAAUUCAGCAAAUAUCCGACAAUGGUUGGUUUGCAUCUCAUUUAACAGACAUCCUGUAUCACUGUGGCAAAUUGCAAAUAUUAGACCAUCAAACUGACGUCACGAACCGUCUACGCGACAGUCUCAUCCUAGAAUACGGGUCACUUUUACUGGAACAUAAAUCCCUGUGGUCCGUCGGCCUGUCGUAUCUCGCCUCGUGCUCCCCCGAAGGCCUGAAACGAGCCGAAUUGCUGCUGGAACGAAUGCCAAUAGAGACCGAGGCUAAAGCCAUGAGAGUUAUGGCCGAGGCGAAAAAGUACGGACUACUCAGUGUCGCGCAGAGCAUCCCGGCGUGCGUGGGCGCGCGGCGGCUGGCGGCGCGCGGCGCGGCGGGCGCGGGCGCGGCGCUGGCGUGGGGCGCGCGCGCGCGCUGCGCGGCGCUGUGCUCGCGCGCGGCGCACGCGGCCCUGCGCGCCUACUGCGACGCGCGCCCGCUGCCCGCCGCCGACCUGCUGCUGUCCGCCGGCGCCACGCUGCUCAUCGACGACACGCUGCUGCUGCUCGGAAAAUAUUGUGACUUUCAUAGACUAUAUAAGAACAGAGAAUUCAGGAAGGCAGCAAAACUUCUAAUUUCUUUGAUAACUUCCAAUAUUUCACCUGAAUACUUCUGGCCUACUCUACUCUUGGACACUCUACCCCUGCUAGAAACAGAUGAACCAGUUUUAUCAUCAGAUGACACCUAUGAGAUUAUGCUGUGUCUCGAAUUGAGGUCCACUUGCCUUAGUAGUGAGAAAGCCGACUUACUCCGGUUGGCCCUGGCUAGAAACCUUGCACGGACUGCACUUAUUGAUGUUGAUGAUGAAUAAUGCUUAUUGAAAAGUGUACGAGUAUUUUUUGCAAGCUGGAUAAUUAUUUUAGAAUGUGUAUAUUAUUGAGAAGGAAGUGUUUGUUUGAAAUUGUAAUGAGGAUAAUUUUGAAUGUUUUUUUUAAGUAUUACAUUGAUUGAUGUUCACUCAAACAACCUUAGAGGGUAUGUCAGGUUAAAUGGAUUCUGUGAUAGCUCCACCAGAAUUGUCCUUGCUGCUUAUGAAGAUUGUGUUUGGUGUAUAAAUUAAAAAAAAAUGUUGACAAAUUCGAUUGAUUAAUGAUUGUAUUUUCGUGCCUUUUUCCGUGUCUAAUUUUCCCAGUCAUGAUUGUAAGUUUUUUUCAAUGUACUUCACAUUUCUAUUCAAAUAAAAUAACUUUGUUUUAUGUAUAUUACAUGAAUUCCAAAUGUACAAAAUUGUCGAAAUAAAUAUUAACAUAUUAUAAAGCAAUUGUUAAUAUGUAAAGUAAAAUUAUAAGUGCUCCAUUCGAUUAAUAAUCUGGAAAUUAAAUAAGUAAUGAAAACCAAAAGUGCUCAAACACUUUCAAUAUAAUUUGAGUAUAUUUGGGUUCAUAAUACCAUUGAUAUCUUUAUUUAAAUAUUUUAUGUAAAUGUUUUGUAGGCAAUUGCGAAGAUUUGACGUGUACAUGCUGAAAAAUCUGGGUUGUGUCAUUUGUGGCCAUUCACUACUUUGUUU